AUGGGGUUUUGCGUAAGUGGCACCAGAGCAACUAUCAUGGGAAUAGGCACAGCCGUGCCAACAAAUGUACUGCAACAAAGUUCCUUCUCUGACUACUAUUUUGAGACAACAAAUAGCAAUCACAUGGUGGACCUAAAGGCCAAGUUCGCAAAUAUAUGUGAGAAGACAAUGAUUGAGAAGAGACAUUUGUACAUGUCUGAUGAGUUCAUUAGGAGCAGCCCUUCUAUUACGGCCUACAAUUCCCCAUCGCUCAACCUUCGUCAAGGGCUAGCGGAUGCCGCUAUACCACAACUCGGUGCGGAAGCUGCACGGCAUGCCAUCGCGGACUGGGGCCGGCAGGCAUCGAACAUCACACACCUCGUCUUCUGCACGACGGUGAGUGGGUGCAUGCCCGGUGCCGACUUUGAGCUCAUCAAGCUCCUCGACCUCCCUCUCUCCACUAGACGUUUCAUGCUAUACCAGGCUGGCUGCCAUGGUGCCGGCAUCUCCAUGCGUCUAGCCAAGGACCUUGCUGAAAAUAACCAUGGCUCCCGUGUACUUGUGGUUUGCUCUGAGGUGAUCACCAUGGCUUUUCGUGGCCCCUCGAAAAGCCACAUGGGGAACCUUGUUGGGCAGGCCAUCUUUGAUGACGCCGCAGGUGCCAUUAUCAUUGGAGCUGAACCUACUGGGAACGAGAGACCCUUAUUCGAGAUGGUGUCUGCAUCACAAGACAUCAUACCGGGCACGGAAGAGAUGGUGGUGUCCAAGCUAUACGAGGAUGGGAUUGUGUACACCCUUCACCGAGAUGUCGCGCUCCAUAUCUCGAGAAACAUAGAGGGGCUUGUGAAGAAGGCACUCGAGCGUGCCUCGCUCCUCACCAAGGACUGGAACGAGGAGCUGUUUUGGGUGGUGCACCCUGGUGGCAGGGAGAUACUGGACAAGGUGGAGAGCAGCCUUGUUCUGAGAAAAGAGAAGAUGGAUGUCUCAAGAAAGGUGAUGGCGCAGCAUGGCAACACACUGAGCUCGUGUGUCAUUGUUGUUAUGGAUGAGAUGCGAAAGAGGUCUCGGAAGCGUGGGCUACCCACGGCAGGGGAAGGUCUUGAGUGGGGACUGCUCUUUAGCUUUGGCCCAGGCCUCACCGUCGAGACCACACUUCUCCGAGCACUGCACAAUCAAGAACCCAACGCGUGA